AUGGCAGCGAAGGCAAAGAACAACAAGGUGGGGAGUGAAUUGGGGUGUGGCCUCAUGGGAAUUCUCCAUCUCAAAAGCCACAAGCUGAGAAAAGCAACUGUUCACUCCCUGCCCUUGAAGAAUCCGCAGAGUGAUGAUGAUCGAAAAAGUGAAGAACCAAAGAAGACCCCAAAUGAAGAAGAAUCAAAGGUUCCAAAAAAAGGUUACACCAACCCUGAGCCACACAGACUCAGUGGUGCAGAACAGAAACAUGCCACAAAGAGUGCCUCUGUUCACCAACAACAACCUUGUACAAAUCGAAACAAUCAACAUCAUAGGCAUUCAGAUGUUGCUGCAAGAAGCUCAACAUCAUCAUCAUCCCCGAGAACUUCAAUUUCAACUCACACUAAGGUUCAACAAAACAAGGAGAAGAAUCAUGAGCGCAAGCCACAUAGAGACCCCACUGGAAAUUCUCUAGCACUUGCUAGGAUAAGUACUAGCAAUGAAAACAAUAAGUCACAAUUGAAGCUCACUGGGAAUUUGCUUGUGAAUAACACCCCAAGGAGAAAGAGUGUGGAGUACAUGCCUAAAAAUGUAGAGUUCAACUCUGUGCCUAAUUCCUACUCCAAUGCAAGCGCAGGCUUAAUGGGAAAUAUCAUGAGGAGGAACAGCAUUGGCAAUGAGGUUGGACAGUUUUUAAGUCCAAGGCAGAAAAAAGUGGACCCUGAGGUGUUGAAAUCCGUGGGAAAUGAAGCAUACAAGCAGGGAAGAUUUGAAGAGGCUUUGACUUUGUAUGACCGAGCAAUUGCACUUGAUUCAAAUAAGGCAACCUAUCAUUGCAACAAGAGUGCAGCUUUAAUUGGUUUAGGAAGGCUUCAACAAGCAAUUUUUGAGUGUGAGGAAUCUAUCAAACUGGACCCUUCGUAUGUCAGAGCCCACAACCGUUUGGCGACAAUAUAUUUCAGGUUGGGAGAAGCAGAAAAAGCACUUGAUUGCAAUCAAUCAACCGGAUGUGCUGAUUCAAUACAUGCCUUCCAAGCUCAGUCUCUUCAAAAUCACCUUAACAAAUGCAGAGAAGCACGGAAAGUCAAUGCAUGGAGUGAUAUACUAAAGGAAACACAGUGUGCCAUAUCCUUAGGUGCUGAUUCAUCUCCACAGGUCUAUGCUUUACAAACUGAAGCCUUGCUGAAGCUCCUAAGAUAUCAAGAGGCUUAUGCCAUCUAUGAAAAUAUGCCAAAAUUUCCACUUGAUUGGUGUACCAAGGUAUUUGGCCCGGCUCGCAGCGCUUACCUGUUGAUGAUAGGGGCACUGGUUUACCUGGCCGCUGGCAGGUUCGAGGAAGCUGUAACAGCAGCUCAGCAAGCAGCUAAAGUUGAUCCAGGCAAUAGAGAGGUGAAUGCAGUGGUAAGGAGGGCCAGAGCAGCAACAUCAGCUAGAAUGAGUGGAAACUUGCUCUUUAAGGCCUCAAAAUUCACCGAAGCAUGUGCCGUCUACAACGAAGGACUAGAACAUGAUCCUCACAACUCAGUUCUGCUAUGCAACAGAGCUGCUUGUCGUUCGAAGCUUGGCCAAUAUGAGAAAGCAAUUGAAGAUUGUAACGCGGCACUUAUGUUUCAGCCAGGUUAUAGCAAAGCAAGGUUAAGGAGGGCAGAUUGCAAUGCCAAGUUGGAACGGUGGGAAGCUGCUAUUCAAGACUAUGAAAUGCUAUUGAGAGAAAGGCCAGGGGACGAGGAAGUGGGAAGGGCUUUGUUUGAAGCUCAGCUCCAACUCAAGAUGCUGCGAGGUGAAGAUAUUAAGGACUUGAAAUUUGGUUCAAACUUGGUUUUCAUCUCAAGUAAUGAUCGGUUCAGACAUUAUGUAACUUCACCUGGGAUGGCUGUGGUUCUCUUUUGCAACAAGGCAACCCACAAGAAAGUGUUACUUAUGUUGGAGCAAACAAGCAAAAGAUUCCCAUCAGUUCAUUUCCUCAAGGUGGAGAUCGAAGACCACCCUUACUUAGCAAAGUCAGAAGGUGUGUACUCCAUCCCAGUCUUCAAAAUAUACAAAAACGGAUCAAGAGUUAAAGAAAUUUCAGGCAACAACCACGAGUUGUUAGAAAGAUCAGUUGAGUUAUAUAGCAGCUGA